AAAGAUGUUAAUAGAAACGAAGAACAAGGUAAUGCAAUUACGGCAUCAAUUCUCGGACUUACCGGAAUCCGAACAGAGAAAGUUAGUGUCAAAAGCGUGCAGUGAGAUAGCGGUGCGUUACAACAUAACUCCAACGAGAGAGGUAGACAAAGAGAUAGCAUCGAGCGGUCAUUUUCCUACAGCCGAAGAGCAAGAGAAGUUCAAAUUCGUUAGCAAAUCACUGCAAAAAAGUAAUAAAAUUGGUAUUGCUAAAGCGGUUAAGGUUAUAGUAGAUGCUCUAGUCGAGAUGAGCGAUAGUUCAUUAGAAUUGCCUAAUUUGCCCCCGAGACAUUACAUGUUUGAAGGUUUGAACCACGAGGCUAAAACGAAACUGAUUGGAUGCCUGGGCUACUCGCUGGGCAACUCGUUCUUCACGUAUAUCAAACUAGACGAGAACUACAAAGGUGGUAAGAAAGAGAAGGAAUCACUCAUCGGUAAAGUGAAGAAGAAUCCAUGCAUUGUUGUAUUGAUCGAUGGGAUCGAAUUUGCUGACGAUAUUUUUUACAAGUGUUUGUUGGAUAUUUCCGAUAAGGAUAUUUUAGACGAUUGCGAGGGUCUCGGUGUGGAAUUUUGGAGAAGUAUUAUAAUCCUCACAUCGGAGCUGGGUAAUAAACGUAGAAUUGCUUCUACGUUUUUUAAAUAUCGGAAAAACGAUGUUUCUAUCAAGCCCAUGAAUCAGGUAAUUAGUUUAAACCUUUUUUUGUGUGUAUAAUAUUGUGUACUUUAUAUUAUAUUGUCUACUUAGUUGCCAAUUUAUAUAUAUUGGCAGAAUGUGGAAACGAAAAGAUUUAGGACCGAGUUGUUAUAUCGGUUGGAUGGAAUGAUAUUUUUCGAUCCUUUUGAACCGGAGGAAGGAGACAUUCACUUUUUGGGUAUACGAGGUGGCAGUGACAUGAAGAGAUCCCGUUUGCUAUCUUCGGUUGUUUUUCGAUUGUAUGAAGCAAAAACCUAGACACCCCCCGUAAUUUCCUUUAUUUCCCUUAAAAAUUUUGGUAUUUGGAAUUUUUCUCGUAACGAUUUUGCUUCUAUACUUCU